AUGCAGCUCUCUUUCCUCCUCGUGCCCCUCCUGUCCCUCACGGCCUUGGCCAAGGACCACAACGGCGGCGGCGGCAGAAACUCGACCCAGGCGCAAUGUAAGCGAUUCUUGAAGGGCGAGAAGCUGGUCAAGAUUGCCGGCAACGACACCCUGCUGGCCGAGAUCACCAACAACAACGCCACCAAGAUCGAUCUCAUCAAGAAGAAGGCCGCCGAGGUCCAGCCCAAGCUGGACGAGGCCAAGAAGAACGCCACCCUCAUGACGACUUGCGACCAGGUCCGGGCCGUCCAGAUGGAGAACGGACAGUGUGGUUUCAUGAGGGGCAUGGACAAGUUGACGAAGUUGGUUGCCAACGAGACCGCCCUGAACGCCCUCACCAAGAACAACGCCACCAAGGCCGACAAGAUCAAGGCCAAGGUCCAGCAGGGUCAAGCCAAGUUGGCCGAGUUGCAGAAGAACACCACCCUCCUCCAGUACUGCUCGGCAAGGACCACCAAGGGCGAGUGCAAGCAGAUGAACCGCUUGAACAAGCUCGUUGCUCUCUCCAAGAACGACACCGCCCUGAACGACAAGUUCAAGGGCAAUACCACCAAGAUCGAGAAGUUCAAGGCCAAGGCCGCCAAGAAGGAGGCCAAGCUCAACGAGAUGAUGAACAACUCUACUCUCAUGGGCGUUUGCCAACAACUCAAGACCGGCAACAACGGCAACAAGGGCGGCGCUCAGAACAGCAACAACGGCAUUGACUCCGGUGCCGCUGGUGUCCGUACUGUUGGCGCCCUCAGCUUGGCCGCCGUCGUUUCCGUCGUCAUCGGCUUGGUGAUGUAA